AUGCAAAUGAACGGAAACACUAAUCGCAAACGAAAGCGUCAAUCCGUGCACAAGGACGUUAACGAAGCGCUUACACAAUGGUUUACGCAAGCAUAUGCUCAUGGAGCUACCGUCACCGAUCACGUCAUCAGGCAGAAAGCACCACAACUGGCCGUAAAUCUUGAAGUUGAUUUUGAACCGAGCAAUGGCUGGCUCAUGCGCUGGAAGCAGGCCAAUAACGUUUCGUUCAAAAGAUUUCACGGCGAAUCAACGUCAGCCGAUCACGGUUCUGCCAACGAAUGGGUGACAAACGUUUUGCCGCAACUUUUUCGUAGAUAUGAUCCAAAAGAUGUUUGGAACUGUGAUGAAACGGGAAUUUUCUACAAAGCCAUGCCGUCUGGAGCUUUGCGAUUUGCCGGAGACGAACAGUCAAAUGGGACAAAAGUUCCUAAAAACAGACUCACGAUGCUUCAGUUCACAAACAUGGACGGCAGUGAAAAGCAAGCUGUAGUUGUUGGUAAGUCGGCAAAACCACGGCAAACAGAUUUUGACGAAUUUAUCAGCUUCGACGACCGCACACAAUGUCAUGGAGGACUGACUGACACGGACAUCACGCGUGGUAUAAAAUCGGAUGAUCAAGAUUUUGACGAAGAUGAUGAUGCUGAAAGAGUAAGUUCUGAAGUUUCUGAAAGUGACAAACCAGUGCCAAAUUCUCUGGCUGCAUUGAAUGCGCUUGAAACUCUGACAGCCUACUUUGAAGCAAAAAAGCAGUAA